AAAUUUCAUUGGCUCAUCACAUCGAGCCACGCCUCUUACCGCGCAUCGAGCCGCCGACGAUGCGCGUUGUUUCACCUUGUUUUUUACAUCAUGACUAUACCUAUAUUGUUAAACGAAAGUUUACAACGGAAAAUAACAGAGACAGUUGCCAGUUCGGCCAGUUACUCGGAUGUAUUUCCAUGUGUUUUAUUCAUAUUUUUUCAUAUUCAUUUUCAUCUUUAUAAACUACUCGAUUAGUGUAAUAUUUGAUAAAAAAAUGUCAAAAAAGAAAGUUUCAUACAUACAAAAAUAUCGGACAGAAUGGAAAUCAGAUCCAUUACUCAAAGAAUGGAUUGAAGAACUUUCAACUGAUAAAUACAUGGUUUUUUGCAAAUAUUGUAAAUGCUCUUUAAAGGCACAUCGUGCUCUUCUUAUUGAGCAUACCAAAACUUCGAAGCAUAUUAAAGCUGCUGAGCCGUUUUCAAACCAGAAACAAUUGAAAUUACAACUUGACCAAAGUUCUGCAAGUGCAUAUUCUCUUGAAACAGUUACAGUUGAACUAAAAAUGAUUCUCUUUGUUACUUGCCAUUGUGCAAUAAGAUCUGUUGAUCAUCUAAGUUCGCUCAUUAAGCCUAGCUUUAAGACUGUGCACAAAUUUAAUGAAAUUAAAUUGCACAGAACAAAAGCUGUAGCAAUUUUGAAAAAUAUUAUUGCGCCUAAUUUUAAACUUGAUUUAAGAACAGAUAUAGGCGACAGCUUUUAUAGUCUCUUAAUCGAUGAAUCAACAAAUAUUGCGGUAUUUAAACAAUUAGGAAUUUGUAUAGUUUAUUUUUCUUCGUUAAAAAGAAAAGUUGUUUCAACUUUUUUAAAAUUAGAAUCAUUAGAAGGCGGUAAUGCUCAAUCUAUUGUAAAAGCAGUUAAAAAUACUCUCAUAGAAUAUAAUCUUUCCAUUCAGAAAAUGCGUGGUCUUGGAACAGAUAAUGCGUCUGUUAUGACAGGAGUUAACAAUGUUUUUCGUAAACUUAAAGAAGAAGUUCCUCAUUUAAUAUUAAUACGAUGUGUGCGCCAUUCUAUUCAGUUGGCUGUUUCACAAGCUAUGGCAAAUACAUUUCCUAGAAAUUUAGAGUUUUUAGUUAGUGAAACAUUCAAUUGGUUUUCAAGGUCGUCAGAACGACGAGAACAAUAUAAACUUUUAUUCAAAGCCUUAAAUGAUGAUUUAGAUCCUUUGCAAAUCCUUCAGGUUGCAUCCACUCGUUGGUUAUCAAUCGCCAGUGCAGUAAGUAGGAUUCUCCAGCAAUGGCUAGAGCUUAAAACUCAUUUUCAACUUAAAAGGACUGCUGAUAAAUGCUACACCGCAGAACUGUUAUACUCGUAUAAUAUAUAUUCAGACAGCCGAAACGAAUUAUAUUUUAUAUUUUUAAAACCUGUAUUAGAUGAAACUCAGAAUGUUAACAAAGCGUUUCAAACUAAUAAUGGCGACGUAAAACUUUUAAACGAUCUCACUAUUCUUAUUCAACAACUUGCCCAACGGAUUGUAAUUUCUGGAUGUAAAGAAAAUCUUUUAAAAGUAAAUAUAAAACAUUAUCUUUAUCCGCAUCCAUAUCUUGGAUGCAUAUCCUACAGUUUUGAAGAGAAAAUGAAACAUUAUAGAACAAAUAAUCUUUUAACAGUAGAAGAUGAAAUGAAAAUCAGAGCUAGAUGUACAGAUUUCAUUACUGCUUUGAUCAAUCAACUUCAGCAACGUCUCCCAGAUAACAUAGAGAUUUUCUCUAAUGUUUCACUUCUUUCUCCUGAGAAAUGUCUUCGAGUUGUAAAGCCAUCUGUGAUACCUCUUGCAGAACUUAUGAUUGAAUCACAAGAUGUUAUAACAAAAAUAGAUUUUCAAUGGUCAAAACUCUUACACGUUCAAUGGCAAAACAUUAAAAAUACAAUUCCUUUCUGGGCAGAAGUAAAAGAAUAUCGGGAUGCAUUAGGAGAAAAUCCAUUCGAAGAACUCGUUAACUUAGCAUUAAAAUGCCUUGUGCUUCCAUGGUCUAAUGCUGAUGUAGAAAGAACAUUUAGUCAAAUGAAAAAUGUUAAAACUUUUUCACGGAAUCGUCUCAAUCAAGAUACAAUUAAUGCUAUUCUUACUACGCGGGCAGGACUUCAAAGAAUAGAAAAGUGUUGCCAUAAUUAUGAAUUUUCAUCUUCAGUCCUUCGUCAAGUAGAAACUAUGUCAGCAUACAAAGAUCAAAAGGAAUCUUUUAAUGUUUCACAAAUCGUUUCGCAAUGUCCAUUUAAGGAAAACAUAGCUCUUGAUGAUAUUCUUUUUAUGGAAUAAUUAAAUGAAUUAAUAAGUUAAAAUAUUUUUAUUUAAAAUUUAUAUAAUAUAUAUAAUUGUAGUUAUUCUAUAAUAUAAAAAUAUUUUAUUUAAAAUUAAAUAUAUA